CAAAUCUCAGGCUUAAAAUCAUCACGCAGAUCCACAAUCCCAAAACGAAAGUAAAAAAGUGAUCAAAGUAUCAAUACUAGAUAUGAAGAAGCAGAUUCUUCGAGGUCUCUGUAAAAGACCAUACGAACAAGAAAGAAAGAGCACCGCAAGGACUGAAGAGUUCAAUGAUCAAGUUGCUGAAGGGAAAGACAUAAUUCUAGUUGAUCAUCACGAGUUGUCUCACGGAACAAAGGAAAACGAGGAGAGGCAACUUGGGUGCAAGAAUAUGAAGAUAUUUGCUUUCAUAUGUAGAAAAGAUAUUCCAACGGCUUGCUUUUACAGUACCCUCAACUUGAAGAGACUUGCAAGCUUUAACAGAAGACUGCAUCUUGUGUACCCUAUGAAGAUGAAGAGAGAAGAAGUGUCCGUAGGAGUGGGGAUCAGUAAUAACAAGGCAGAUUCGAAUGAACAUGUAAGAAACAAGGUUCUGCACGCCACUGAGGCAUCAUUCUUGAAUUCAGAAACCAAAUAUGAUAAAAUGAAACCUGUUUCGAGAAUGAAAGAACUUGUUAGAUGGGCAGAGAAAGGAGGAAAAUUCAAUGGACGGAAGUUUUUGCAGUUCAGAAGGCGAGGAAUUGUGAAAGAAAUUGAUAAAGAUGAUGAAGAAAUUAGCGGCCCUAUCACUUCCUCAUUUGCAGCCACUGGGCACGUGACUUGCGGAAAAGGAAACUGGGUAACCUCUGAUUCUGAAUUUGUGGUGCUGGAACUAUGAAGAGAUGGGAUGUAAAGGGGACAUUUGAUGGUUGUGUUGGAUUUCAAUUCCACUAUUGGUUGAUGAAACUGAAGCGAUGCUUUGUUCAUAUAUACUUUGUGUGAGAUAUUUUUAGAGAUUUAUUAAUGUAAUGUCAAUGCUUGAUGACAUGGAAGUGAUGUGCUCAAUGAGAAUGUUUUUAGAAUUACAUUAUUAUUGGUUUGACAUGAA